AUGGCUCAAAGGAUCAAAACAAAGCCAAAGCCAAACUAUGAUCGGAAAGCAAAGCACCCGGACUAUGUCCAAUUUCGGUGCAAUGCCUAUGCUUUCAACAGCAUCAUUAGAGACAUAAAGGACAAGCUCAAUGAAAGGCAGAAGAAGCUUCUCAAGAAAACCCCUUUCUGGAACUUGAUCGAGCUGUUUUACCGCCAGAGAAUUGACAUGAAUAACAUGAAUAAGUCGGACAUUGACUUAGCACAGCUGCUCAAGACAUUUGAUCCGGAUACAAAGUACACUGCUACCUUCAGAACAAGGCACUUUGGAGAAAAGGGAAAACCUUCAAAAAACCAGGAUAUUUUCAAAACUCCUAAAAAGCCAAAAACUACCAGGGAAGAGGAAGACACUGUUGAGAAGGAAAAAGAAAAAGAAGAUGAUGAGGGAAAACCUGAUGAUGCAAUUCAAGACCUCUUGGUGAAGUCCAUGACAGACCAAAUCAACUACCGCCAACAACAAGAUCCUAGCUUCGUUUGCCCGGAAAGAUUACAACUGUGGAAGGAUGAAAAGAAUGAAGACAGUGAGAAGAAAAUGAAGGAAUUGUGGGAUAUAUUUAUCCAAGUAGAAAAGAGAUCAAAGGAGCUGGAAGUGGAGUUGGCAACAUACAUAGAGAAAUUAGAUAAUGAAGAAUGUGUGACUGCCACCAUGACAGUGGAAUCUACAGUUCAGCUUAAUGAAAUACAAAAUCUGAAAAGGAGGAUUGCAGAAUUGGAAGGCAAGGAAACUGGUAUUGACAUGGAGAAGAUUGCCAAGAAAAAGGAGAUUCAAGAAAAGUACAAGGCAGAAAUUGAAAGCUUGUUGUCAGACCCAACAAUCUUUGAAAUGGAGAUGGAUCUGCCUACAAAACAACCAACACAACCAGUUGAAGAGAAAGAAGAAGAAAAGAAAGAAGAAGAGAAGCAACAAGAAGAGAGAGAAGAAGAGAAGAAGCAAGAUGCUCCAACACCUGAUGUUCCUUCAAAAGUACAAAGGGUGAAGAACAGAGAAAGAAAGAGGCUUCAAGCAUCUUGCUAUGUGUACGAAAAAAAUAAGAAAACAAAAAAGGAGGCAAAAAAGGAUGAUGAAGAACUACCACAAUUCAAGCUUAUCUCUUCCGAGGAGUUAACACAAGAGGCAUCUCAGCCCGAUGCCACAAAUCCAAUUCCUGACCCCCCUAAAGGAACGAGCCUUCAUGAUUCAAUACCUGUGGAUCUACAACAAUCAAGUGAUGAAGAUGAAGGACAAAAAAAGCAAACAAAGAAAAAACUAGGAUGGGGUCAAAAAAAGGUGUGGCAGAAAAUUCCAAAGCCGGACAGGGAAAGAAUUGAAAAACACUACUUAAGCACUCAACUUCGGUAA